GUCUCCUGGGUCUGACCGGCCUGGCAGGAGGUCAGGCAGGUCACCCAGCGGCCCUCUCCAACCCGAAGCAGGACAGCAGUCGGGACGAGACAAAGACCUCUUCCACAGUGACAGGUGGUGGGCUGAAUUCAGAUGACAAAAACAGAAAUCCUUCAGUGUCUCCGGCCACGCGGGAUAAGUACCAUCGUAAUCGCAGCCCAGAGACAGACAACAAACGCAUGAAGAAAGAAGAGAAAACCGAGGGCAGCGAGGGCGAUAAGAGUGACCUUGACCUGGUGGUGGAUGACGCCAAUGACGCCACCAGUGGGGGUGUGACGUCACCCAAAGAGAACGGCCUCGAGCGGCUGCACCCCAAACGAGAGCCUCAGAGCCCCCACAGCGGCACGUCCUCCAACGCCAGCACUCCCUCGAUGAGGAAGAUGGAGGACAAGCCGACCACCCCCAACUCCUCCGCCUCCACUGGAGUGGCCCCCGCCGCCAGUCUGGUCAACGGAAAGCCGGUCGGCAAGGCGCCGCCCAUAGGUCCGUUCGGACCGUUCAACCUGCCCGGAUCAGCGGCGGCCACCUCUGAACCGUACAACUUGGCCCCCCACGGAGCAGCGGCCGCCGCCAGCGCCUACCGCGCAAACAAUGAUCUCAAUUUCCACGCAAGAGGAGCGGGUCUAAGCGGCAACAUACCGGGAGGAAAGCCGGCGUACAGUUUCCAUGUGUCGGCGGACGGUCAGAUGAUGCCCGUGCCGUUUCCCACGGACGCCCUGCUGGGCCCCGGCAUCCCGCGCCACGCGCGCCAGAUGAACACGCUCAGUCACGGAGAGGUGGUGUGCGCAGUCACCAUCUCCAACCCCACCAAGUUCGUCUACACGGGCGGCAAGGGCUGCGUCAAGGUCUGGGACAUCGGACAGUCCAACGCCAAGACGCCCGUCUCGCAGCUCGAUUGCUUGCAGCGGGAUAACUACAUCCGUUCGGUGAAGCUCCUACCGGACGGUCGAACUCUGAUGGUUGGCGGCGAGGCCAGCACUCUCAGUAUCUGGGACCUGGCCGGGCCGACUCCCCGAAUCAAGUGCGAGCUGCCCUCAUCUGCGCCGGCGUGCUACGCGCUGGCCAUCUCUCCCGACUCGAAGGUGUGCUUCAGCUGCUGCAGCGACGGCAACAUCGCCGUCUGGGACCUGCACAACCAGCAGCUGGUGCGCCAGUUCCAGGGGCACACGGACGGCGCCUCGUGCAUUGACAUCUCGUCCGACGGCAACAAGCUGUGGACGGGCGGUCUGGACAACACGGUGCGCUCGUGGGACCUGCGCGAAGGUCGCCAGCUGCAGCAGCACGACUUCAGCUCUCAGAUCUUCUCGCUGGGCUUCUGUCCGACCGGCGAGUGGCUGGCCGUCGGCAUGGAGAGCUCCAACGUCGAGGUGCUGCACGUCAACAAGCCCGACAAGUACCAGCUGCACCUGCACGAGAGCUGCGUGCUCUCGCUCAAGUUCGCUCAGUGCGGCAAGUGGUUCGUCUCCACCGGCAAGGACAACCUGCUCAACGCCUGGAGGACGCCCUAUGGCGCAUCAAUAUUCCAGUCGAAGGAGUCGUCGUCGGUGUUGAGCUGCGACAUUUCCGCCGACGAUAAGUUCAUCGUCACCGGCUCCGGAGACAAGAAGGCCACCGUCUACGAAGUGAUAUACUAAGACAAUCGCCGCCGACAGCGCCUCUGGUGGCCGAGCGGCGAACCUCAUAAGUGAUAAUGCGCGAGCCUGGUCUUCACUCUAGUCAGGACGUAUAUGUACAAUUCUCACCGGGAAGGGAUUCGAAUCAAAAUACGUCCUAUUUUUGUGUGCUGGUGUCGCGGCGUCGCGGCGAUUUCUCGGUAUAUGUGCGAGUGUGUGCGUUUGCGGGCGUGUAUACUAUGUGUGGUAUACGUGUACGCGUGUAUCGCACGUGCACGUGCGUUGGGAGACAUUUCUCGUUAUUUACCUUUCUCGACAAUGAUCGGUGCGUCGCUGUGUGUGUGUGGUGUGUGAAGGGUGGGGCCUGGUGUGGCCGAGUCAAUUUUAGUCGCUACUCUGUGUGUGAACGGUGCCGCCAUUUUGCGAUUGGCACUGUGGUCAGGUCAUGGAGCCGACUCGGUACAAAGACUGGCCGAUUUCACAUACAUACACUAGGUGACUGCUGCUUGUCCGCGCGUGUACCCAAGUGUGUGCAGAGCACGGGCUAAAACGCGUGGCAAGUGAGUCUUCUAACUUGUUCCAAAGCACACCGAAACUGAGCGCAUAUGCCGGAUCGAUUAACAGUCAAAGAUCGCAUCCCGAUUUUUGUUACGAGCUCGUGUCCGUGUGCGGCGGAACUGUAUGCGUGUCUGUGGAUGUAGUUCAGUGUGCCCUUGUCCGUCCUUCUCUCCCCGUCUCCCCAGCCCAGCACCCCCUCUCUCAGAAGUGGUGAUCGUAGAAACAGUACAAACCCGAUCAAUCGCCGCGUUGAGCAGCAGCUGAUUCGGUCCCUCUCUGCAGUGGCAUUAGAUACCAUAGAGCGAUGGCUCCGUAUAAAGUAAGCAAGUCUGCCCAAAAGAGUCGUACCUUCGCUAUUCGCGUUCUCGAAAACUGCAAACGCGGCAGCAUCACAUGCAUUACGGCGUCAUUGAAAAGGAGUGGUACAUUAGCUUUAUAAAGCAGUUCCUUGUGAUGCUGAUGGAAACAUUCUGAGCGUCGAUGUUGGCGGAAAUGCGAGGAACAUAAUAUUGAUGCAGCAUUAAGUACUGUCGGCUGCGAGAGUCAUUUGGAGCUGUGCCCUUUGCCCAAUGGACCUCGCAGUGUUUGAAAUUAUUGAAGUUGCUGAACAAAACUGCUAAAGAUUCCUUCAAAUAGUAUAGAAAAGCAGCCGAUAUUGAAACGAAUUCCAAGGUGUCUCUUUUGAGCUUGGAGAAGUUUGCUUGUGCCCCCUUGCAGCAUCUCAUAUCACCUUUUUGGAUUUGUCAAAGAACUUGCUGGAAAAUUAUGGUUUAUUUUUUGUUGUGUUCUUCUGCAGAAGCAUAGCCACGGCUAUGCAGAAACUGGGGUUGUAAAGGUACUGAAACUGACAAGGUAUGUACUUGCCAUUUGGUUUGGCAAUAUUUACAGAGGGUAGGUAAUAUCGUUUUUUUUCAGCUGUAGUCCCGUCGUAACAAUGCAUAUAAUACCUUCCUCCAAAUUACCUCCACGAAUUACCUCCAGAUUUAGCAACAAUGCUGAUCAAUCGCGUUUUAUUCAGCAACAAGUUUUCAUCAGGUGAAACGUUUACAAAAGGUGCCAUUUUUUGUUAAUUAAUCCCCACGAUCUAGUGCGACGCCAAUGAUCUGAAUGGUCCCUCAUUACUGCAUUAUUUUCAUUCAUUCAAAACCGUCGCAUCACUAAUUGAGAGCGUUCAUUACCGCGUCCUGUAAAUAGCCCGAGAAGCAAGACCGACGGUCGUCUGUUACCUCCACUUUGCAUAGAGGACGCCAGCUGCCAUUGUCAUUUGCCGAGCGGUCGCCCCCCUCCUCUCUCCUCUCCCAUCCUCCUCCUCCCCUCCGGCGGUUGGUCGGUAAAUAUACCCUCCCCUCCCGCCCCCUGGUCCUGGCACCCCCCGCCCGCAGAUUGUUGAUGUUAUUUUAGAUGUGUCGCUGGCGGCUGCCAGCCGCGACUGGUCGGUGCCAAUAAAACGGAGACACACCACAA